ACCUUCUCUUGAUAUUCAUAUACAAUAACAUAACAAAACCUCACAAGACAUCAAACUAUGUUUACAACAUUGUAUUUUCCAUAUUUUUAUGUUUAUGUGUUACGGUAGCCUGUCAAGUAUUAUAUUGCUAUGCGAGCGGUCACUCGUGCUAUAAAUACCUGAUGCUUUUCCGGCAUCUGCAGUAUGUAAGAUCUAUUCGAGUGAGCAUAAUUCUUGUCUCAUAGCUUUUCAAAACAUAGAUGCACUCAAAAAAUCGUAAAUUACAGGGAAAAAAACCGGCAUCGUAUACAUCUGUAUGAAGUGCUACCGUUAUUUCACUCUUGUGGGUGAAGGUGAUCGGAUGCUAGUUGCCGCUACUUACUCGCACUUUGGCUGAUAAAAGGCGAAAGCGUGUUGAUAUAGUUAUAUUAUCGUUUGUUACAAUGAAGAACCUGUUCUACAAACGAGGAAAGUUGAUCCAUACAGAGAAGCCAUUCGCUUACGUACUCCAAUCUCGUUACCGAGGGAUUAGAUGUGAUAAGUGCUUCAAGGAAGGAAAAGUUUUGAAAUGUUCAAACUGUAUGUACGUGCGCUACUGUAACCGGUUUUGUCAAAAAGAGGCAUGGCAAGAUCACCAGCAUGAGUGUAUUAAACUUAAGGCAGUCGCCCCACGGACUGUCCCGGAUGCCGCCUUAAUGCUUUCUCGCAUCAUAAGAAAACUGCAAAAAGGAGGAGACUUUGUGAAAGGUUUCUACACAUCUAAGUUUUAUCGGCGUUUUGGAGAUCUAAUGACGCAUGAAAAUGACAUCAGAGAAGAUGAGAAACGAAUGGAACAUUUCCAGUCGUUGGUUGUGGUCCUACAAUCAUUGAUAGAUGAAGCAGCGAUACCAAGCAAUGUAGAACUGCUGCAGAUUUUCGGAAAGAUGUGUAUCAAUAGCUUCAACAUUCUGGACGAUGAAAUGAAUAGUAUCGGGACCGGCAUGUACCUUGGUGCAUCCGUUAUGGAUCACAGCUGCCGCCCAAACGCCGUGGUAACAUUCGACGGAAUAAAUAUCCACGUUCGACUGUUAGAAGACUAUCAUGGAGCAGGCGAGAUGGACAUUUCAAAAAUCUUUAUUUCCUAUAUCGAUCUGAUGGAUCCAACCGAUGUUAGACGGGGACGACUUCGGUCGCAGUACUAUUUUGAGUGUGAAUGCGAUCGGUGCAGGGACCAGCAGGAGCUGAAAUUAAUGAAUGCUGGUGCUUGUCCGAAUGUCGAUUGUGAUGAACCAAUAGCGAACAUGGGCGAUGAAGAUGUAGACAAAUGUCCUCGUUGUAAUACAGCCAUCAAAAGUUCUCAACGGGACAAAUUUCGGGAAAUUAUCACCCUCACCAAAUCUCGGUUGGCUGAAAUGAAGGAAAUUGCCUAUUUGGAUGUGUGUCAACUUUGUCUGAAGAAACAGGAAAAUAUCUUACACUACUACAACGUUUGGUACCUUAAGACGUUGGAUCAUGCAUUUGAGAGUGCUAUCAACAUGGAAAAGUGGGAAGAAGCCAUAGCCUAUGGACUGCGGUUGGUUAAUGGCUUCAUAAAGUAUAAUGGACCGUUUCACCCGCUGUAUGGGCUGCUGUUGUUGAAAAUUGGUAAAAUUCAGCUUUUCGUGAAACAAGUAGAGCAAGCAUUAAAGAACAUUAACAAUAGUGAAAAAGUUCUACGUAUUACACACGGAGAAGAGCAUGAUCUAUACAAAAAGCAACUGGUGCCACUUCUCUGUCAAGCAGCGGAUGAGUUUGAUAUGAUUAAAAAGUGAACUACAGUUAGAAUAAACCGUGAAUACAGUCGUAA